CACAUGAAGAUGGACUUUAAAACAUGGAGAAAUUCUACAUUUUUAUAUGUUCAAAUAAGUGUUCGGACAGACGAAAUCAUAAAAGUGAAUUAUUUUGACCUUUUUGGACACCGUACACAAAUCGAAGUCUCUUGCAACAAUACACUCCGGUCACGUUCACCAAGAUCCAUCUUUGAUAUUCAUUGGCGCCAUUCAGAACCUUCAUUUGUACCAUAUUACCCCUCAGAUCUCUCCACAGAUACAAAAACACAUGACUCAUCCACAGACAUAGACACAUCAUGUCUGUCCACAAACACAGGAUCAUCUAAGAACGAAUUGGAUGGGGACAUCAAGUCCAUUAGAGAUACACCUCCCAUUCCCCCAGCUAAUCCAGCUCUUUUCAGUGUUGCCCAAAAUGAACCUUCAGCUGUUGUGUGUGGACGACCCACUCUCAGAAGAAGGAUAGUUGGGGGACACGAGAGUGCUCGAGGAGCGUGGCCCUGGCAAGCAAGCCUACGUAUCAACGGAGUUUUUUGGUGCAGUGGUACCCUUAUCACUAGUGAAUGGGUCAUGUCAGCUGCCCACUGCAUGGUGGAUUUUGGUUUUCAUAAUCCACAUUUCUGGUCCGCUUGGAGAGUACAUCUUGGCGUUCAUAAUCUGGAUGAUAUGGACGGAGAGGUUGUGACCCAAACGGUGUCCCAGAUAAUUGCUCACCCAGAUUAUAACGGACCGGAUCAUUUCAAAACGUACAAAGUUUAUGCCAAUGACAUUCUUCUUAUUAAGAUGAGCACACCUGUUACCUUCCGUGACUACAUCCUACCUGUUUGCCUACCAAACAGCAACAGUGUCUUCCACAAUGGCACCAAGAGUUGGGUCACUGGCUGGGGGCACAUCGGAGAAGGUGGAGUGGCGCUUCCACCUCCUAAACCUCUACAAGAAGCUCAGAUCCAUGUAAUUGGGAACAAACAGUGCACAUGUUUGAAAGGGGUUCCGGAUGUAGGCAAAUACGACAACGCUACAUGUGCUGGUGAUCUUAACGGGAGAAAGGAUGCCUGUCGAUUUGAUUCAGGGGGCCCACUGGUACAGCAGCAGAAUGGCAGAUGGAUCCAGUCUGGAAUAGUCAGCACUGGCGAAGGAUGUGCUCGACCAAAUUCCCCGGGCGUCUACACCAGGGUGUCACGUUACCAGGCCUGGAUCAACUCACACAUCAGCCGUGACCCACCAGGCUUUGUACUUUUCACCUCUACCGGGGUGGAUGCUGACAGCAACUUUACCUGUCGUUGAACUCAUUUAGCAUGGCACAUGCUUUUUUUCCAUCAAUGUCACACUUUUGAAAGCCGUAUUCAUGAUGAGUUUUUGACCAGCACAUAUUUGAUUUCUUAUGAACACACCACAGGCCAAGGUCAAGUCAAGGUGAUCACUUCUUGACAGGGGAAUGCCACACACUUUUUAAAUAGCAGGACUUCCUACCAGUGAAAGGGCUUCAUAACACAUUCACUGGGCAUCAUAUAUAAAUUUAUAUUAAUUGUAAUAAGGAUUUUCCAAAAAUAUGACUACAUGAUGAUAAGCAAACAUAUCGAAUGUGCAGUGAAUGCAGUGACAGAUAUCUUGUGCUAGGAAAAAUUGUGUAAUUUCAAAAGUUUUCAUUUCCAGAUGUGGCGAUGAAUUUACUUCUUUACUUUUUCUGAUGUAGUUCCUUACAGUGAUUCAUCUGGGUAAUGUUUACUGUAUGUAGUAAGGCGGAGAAGUAAGCACAUUUAGAGCACUGUAGAUAUACAGUAUUGUGUUUUGUCCACUUAUUCUUCUCUAUUAUUUUAAUUAUGUUAACUAUAUUACUUUGUAUGUUAGUGAAUGACUUGGGAGUUGACAUACUGUGUUUAAAUGUGAUAUACAAAAAAUAAAACAGCUUGACUGUAUAGUGCAGUGACAUAAUAGGCCAUACAAACUAUGAUCUGUAAAUUAUCAAAUUAUACUUGUGAUUAUGCAUUGUUUUUGUUCCACUGGGGAACGGCAUCUUAUUUUCCAGAUGUCUGUAAGAUGUGGGAAUAAUACCUUGCUCCAUUCACCAGCCAUGGUCCCAGUUUUUCUAACUCUGCAAGCAAUAAAAGCUCUACC